CACUUUUAUGACGAUGUCAUUACCUCGGAGCCCAGAAAAAUCGUAGCAUCAUCGCGUGCUCGACACAGUAAAAGCUUUUUACACGUCCCAUUCAUUACGUCCAAACUGGCGAAUCUGACACCAAUCGUAACACUGACGUGGAGCGAGCAUCAUCGGUUGAAGCAUCCGCCACCAUAUAUCGUCCCUUGCACAGAUUCACUGGUGGCUUAGGUACCUAACAGAAAUGGCAUCGAGCAGUUCUGUGUGUUAGUUUCUAUUUCCUCACUCUCACCUUUCGUGGCUCUUUCCUCCCAUGAAUCCCAGAUCUUUUACUCUAGUCUUCAGUCCCGCUCGACACUUCAGAUCUACGAGCCUCCUCACUUCACAAUCAUAUCACACCCUUCAUUCCUGCAGACCUUCCGCGCGUGCGCUUAAACCGGUUCGGACAAUAGUCUGCCAGAAGAGGCAUUCAUCAAACAUGUCUGACGACCAAGCUCCUCAUCAGUUCCAGUCGGGCGAUACCACACACAGAGAAGAAGAUCAAUGGAAGUCUCGAGAACCAUACCGCAUUCACGAAAAAAUGGAAAACUUCCCUGUCAAGUGGGAAGGCAGUUGUCAUUGCGGAAAAGUCACAUACCAGCUCAGCAGAGAGAAGCCUCUCGCAGCCAAGUACUGUCAUUGCACGACUUGCCAGAGAUUACACGGUUCACCAUUUCAGUGGGCAGCGAUCUUUCACAAGUCCGACAUCAACUUCACCAACGGCAUCAAUGACCUAGGCUGGUACGAUCCUACCAACAAGGACACUUCUCACCACCUUCCCUGCAAAGUCUCCUGCGCAUAUUGUCGGUCACCAAUCAUGGACGAAGGCCGAAAUAUGAUACUUCUAUUCCCCCCUUUGAUCAAGAACAUCAACACGAAAGAAGGAAGGGAAGCAUUCAAGCCGACUUGCCAUAUGUUCUAUCCUCAACGGGUUGCAGAGUUCCGCGGAGACGGCAUCGUGAAAUGGAAGGGCAUUGAUAACAACUCUGACAUGAUAGACGACGAUGAGAAUGUGAUUGUGAAAUUCGAGGAGGGCAUGAAAGAGAAGGACAUGGACGAGAAGAAGCGCAAGCACGUCGAAAUGACUGAGCGUGGAGGCGGUGAAGAGGUCAAAAAAGUGAAGGAGAAGGACAGCGAGACAAACUGAGAAGUUCCCAGGCUCUCAACGACCUAUUGCUCUCACCAUCCAUGGCCGGUAUUGGGCAUUGACGAGGUUCUGGUUGAUGUGGUCGUCUAACACCUCGCCUUGCCCUGAUCAAAGGGGUAAAUACAAUGCGAUAGCGUCAACGAUGGCGCAACAGUGUCCGCCAAGCAAAACGUGUCUAGCUCAUCAUACUUGAACAAGGUCAUGUUAUCAUGUCUCCAUAGACUUGCCUGCUUGACGAAAACAGGUUUACUACACUACUGGUAUGGGCGACGCUUAAGCAGGUGCUCGUUGGGCAGAUAGAGGUUGAUGCACUCGUGCUUAAGAUGCCGGGUAAAUCGUUAUGUGUUAG